AUGGAGUUUAUCAUCAUGUCCCCUAACCACGAGAACCCACGGGAGGCCUACUCCUUCGACCUUUCCUAUCCAGAGGAUCAAGGGGACGAGGCCGUCAUCUUCAGCGGCACCAAGGUGACCACCGUCAAAAGUGCCAAGAACGAGCUCAUCAACCUGAUCCGGUCACUCAUUUCGUUCGGCAACACACUCGGAGAGCUACCCAGAGAGAGGAUUCUCAACAUCAAGUUAUGGUACUUCGAUGACCGCACGCCGCCGGGGUGGCAGCCGGACUACUUCAGAGAGGCCGAUCCCUCCGAGCUCGCCUUCAAGAACUGCAAGUCCGACAAAGAGAUUCACGACAAGCUGAAGAUCAAGAUCGGUGACCUCCAGACACCUCACCACACGCUCUCGCUGCGAUUUAGGGGAUACGACACUCAAGAGCAGUCGCACCGCGAAGAUCCAGACGCGACGACCGCAGAUGGCGGCAACAACUCGUCGGACGACAGCGAUGAAUAUAGCGACGGGGAGAGGUGGGCCAAGGAGAGGAACCUCCUCACGUGCAAGGCCGGGCCAGAACAAGACGGGGAAGGCAACAGCGACGAUGACGACGAGCAGACAAUGGUACCGGAGACGGUUUCUUCGAGGGAUGUCUCGAGAGUGGUGUCUGGCAUGAUGAGCAACCUCGACGUGUCCUCCAACAACGCCCAGCCUGGCGGCGACAAUGACGCCGGGCGCCACCAAGCUUUCGAGGCACAAGAAAAUAUCACCGGUUACGAGGUUCGGCCCGCCCAAAUGGUCGUGACGAGCGAGUACGACGCGGCCAGGGCCUGGGCCGUUACGCAGGCCCGGCCGACCCACACGAGUCUCAUGGCCCAGCUCGAGAUCACCAGAGAGCUGGCGAGGGAAUUCCUGGAGAAGAUGGUGCACGAAGGACUCUUCGUCAAGAGAAACUUCAAGUACCAUCGGGUCAAGGCAUCCUCGCACGACGUGCAGUCAGGGGAACGCCUCAAGGAUUCUUCGUCGUCGUUUUCUCCUCCGUCGUCAGAAACUGACAUGGAUGCGAUCAUUGACAAGCCAGAAGAGGUACCAUCGGCAAGGGAUGACUCGGAAACUCAAGUACCUAUCACGGCAGCACACGACACUCAACUCCACCAAGAUCGGCGCAACCGUACACCUUCUUCAAUGCCUCCGCCGGCGCCAGCCGGGCGCCGAUGUACGGGCCAGGUUGGACGCCGCACCCCCGAAGACCUUCGUCGCGGCUAUGGGGGAGACUUCGCCACUCCGCCGAUUCCCACGCCAUCGGCCCCGCCGGAGGUACAGCCCGUCCCGGAAAAGCCCCAGCGACGAAUGAUGAUGACCAUGGGAACGAAGCGCGUCCUAGACGAGUCCGCGUUGGCAAACGAUGACGACAACAACGACGACGACGACGAUGACAACAACAACAACAGCGACGAAGUGACCCAACAGAGCAGCAACAUGCUUCAACAAGAUGACGAACCGAUCGACGUCUUCAAUAUGGGAGGCGCGGAGAUGUGCACAGACACCGGCUACGAGAGGGUGAUGUUGUCGCAAGCCAGCUCUACCUCUACUAGCGGGAAGGCGAAACGUAGGUGCAGCCUCGCCACCAACCCUAUCCAUCAGUAUGUGCCAAGCAAGAGGCUGCGUGUCUGUGAGGAGUGACUGAAGCAUGGCUAUGGGUCCAAAGGUGUCGAGAACUGUGUCCAUUGAACUGAGCUGUAUCUAGGCAUUUCCGUUGGGGUGGUGGUACCUGAGUAAACGCUAGUGCCGGGGACACCCCAUGGGGUUGAAUCGAACAUUGCUAUGUCGAAGGGCGCAAAUCCCAAAGCAACGUCAUCCUGCUCUUUAUGUCCGCACGGGUCCCGGUAGGAGGAAGGCCGUCGGCAUCUCGGGUUCACGAGCGAAAGGAAGGGUACUCUCGGACUAGACCUCAGGCGAUCAGGCCCAACGUCGUUGGGCUGCGCUAG